UAUACACACACACAUCGGAAAGACAGAAGCAGCAGAAGAAGAAGAGAGAAGUAAAUAGAGAAAAGUUUUGCAUCUGGGCUGAGAAUAGAAUCAUAGAUCGAGAGGCCAAGAAGAUAAGGAAUGGAGAGCUCAGGGGAAAUGGUGCCGCUGCCUGUGUUGAUGGAAUCCAAUUACAGGGCUUGCACAAUUCCCUACCGAUUCCCUUCCGACAAUCCCAAGAAGCCCACUCCAACUGAGCUUUCUUGGAUUAACCUCUUCGCCAAUUCCAUUCCAUCUUUCCGUAAACGCGCUGAGAGCGACGACACGGUUCCAGAUGCUCCGGCUAGAGCUGAAAAAUUUGCACAAAGGUAUGCAGAAAUACUGGAGGAUUUGAAGAAAGAUCCAGAGAGUCAUGGUGGUCCACCCGAUUGCAUUCUUCUUUGUCAGCUUCGCGAGCAAGUCCUUAGAGAAGUGGGAUUCAGAGAUAUAUUCAAAAAAGUCAAGGAAGAAGAAAACGCCAAGGCAAUAUCUUUAUUUCAGGAUGUUGUGCGUCUUAAUGAUGCCAUCGAUGAUGAAGCCAAGCGUGUUGAGAAUUUGAUUAGGGGGAUCUUUGCCGGCAACAUAUUUGAUCUUGGCUCAGCUCAGCUGGCAGAGUUAUUUGCAAAGGAUGGUAUGUCCUUUCAAGCUAGCUGUCAGAAUCUUGUCCCUCGACCAUGGGUUAUUGAUGAUAUGGACAAUUUCAUUUCAAAAUGGGGACGCAAAUCAUGGAAAAAGGCUAUAAUCUUUGUAGAUAAUUCUGGUGCAGAUAUCAUUUUGGGUAUAUUGCCAUUUGCUAGGGAGUUGCUUCGACACAGUGUGCAGGUUGUAUUGGCAGCAAAUGACUUGCCUUCUAUCAAUGAUGUAACAUAUGAUGAGUUAAUUGAGAUUAUAGCUAAGUUGAAGGAUGAAAACGGAAAGCUUUUUGGAGUUGAUGCUUCGAAUCUUUUAAUUGUGAAUUCUGGUAAUGAUUUACCGGUUAUUGAUCUUACUAGACUAUCACAAGAACUUGCCUACCUAGCAAGUGAUGCCGACCUUGUGAUUUUGGAAGGAAUGGGCCGCGGGAUAGAGACUAACCUUUAUGCGCAGUUCAGAUGUGAUUCCAUGAAAAUUGCUAUGGUGAAGCACCCAGAGGUUGCUCAGUUUCUUGGAGGACGACUCUAUGAUUGUGUCAUCAAAUACAAUGAGUUUUUGGGCUAAUAACAUAGCUGGCUAUUGAACGGAGACAUAUGCGGAUCACUGGGACCAACUUUACUUUUUGCUGGAGGCAUAGAAUAUUGAUUGAUAUAGCUAUAUGCACACCCACGUGUUGUAAACUGGCAAAUAGCUAUACAUUGUCUAGUCAUUCUCAGUUAUUUUCUGAAAGAUGUGAUUCUGAUCAGACAGGAGCUUAGAUAUAGAUUGAAUUGCAUCUUGUCGAGAACGCUACCAACACAGGUGUGAGUAAACCUUGUUGUGGAGUGUCUCAGUUGGCAUGACGGAAUUGUAUUGGUAACGGUGUCCUCUGUUGCUUUGUAGUUGGUUGGUCGGUGGAUUGUUUGGAAGUUGCAAUUACUGACAAUUCAUCCAUUUGGCUUUAAAA